AUGUCCUCACAUGAUGACUAUGCAGCUCGACCUCGACGAGAUCCCGGUUUAACAUAUCCCUCGGAAGAAGAAUACCACCAGAGACGUCCACGCAACGAUCCCUCCCCUCUACCCAGUGGUGACGCACCAAGACACAAACGAGAUAUGGAUCCUCGAGACUUUGAACCAGCCAAGCAUUCAAGAGACAACAGCCACGAGAGGAGAGGAGGGGGAGGUCGAGAUGAUCCUCCACCCCGCUAUCGGGAAUCCAACACAAAAGCUCGACGUCGCAGCCCCUACGACGACGACGAUAAUCACAAAUACAGCUCUCGCUCCAAACGAGAUGACGAUUCCGGCGCCUAUGGUCGGUCCAAAGGCUAUCGCGAGCCAGUCCCCGAACCAGAACCGCGCAUGAGCAGGCGGCCUAAAGAUUACGAUGACCGUGUGGUCGAACCUCCCAGAAGAUCCAAAACACAGCGUGAGCCUGAUCGACAUGGGUAUGAUGAUGAUCGACGACGUCGCCAGCGUAGCGUCGAUGAUAGAUAUGAUUCUCAUGGUGAUCGAGGAUACAAAUCUGAUCGACGAAGAGACGAUGACCGAUAUGAUGAUCGGAGACGAGGCGGCGCAGGAGGAGGGCGAGACCGCCGCGACGAUGGAUAUGCUUCAGAUAGAGGCCAGCGACGGGAUCGGGAUCGCGAUAGAGAUCGAGACCGAGACCGGGGCGGUGAUCGACGACGUGAUGAUUAUGAUCGCCGAGACCGUGAUCGGGAUCGGGACAGGCGCGACGAUGACAGGGGAAAGAAGAAGGGUGGGUUCAACGUCAAUGAUCUACUCGAACAAGGCCAGAAACAUUACAAGACAGUCGUCCCGUUGAUUGAGAAAGCAGCCAAGUUCUACAUGGACAGCAAGGGUGGCAAGUAA